UGGAGGGCAGAUCUUAUUUAGCGGGUGUCAGUUAUAGCUGGCCUUGGGAAAAUGAUAGUGCAACUGCUUUAACAUGUUUCAGAAGAUGAAUUGGGGGUGGGCUGGGUGGAGUUUAAACCCCAUACUGGUUGCACAAUGUAAGUACAGAGUGCUUUUAUAGUCAGUAGCAGAUUGUCUUGGCUUGAUGUCCCAUGGUACUCGUUGUGAACGAAUCCCAGGCAAUGAUAUUCUACUGCUGAGCGGGUCAAUGAAGGCAAAACAAAGGGAAUAUUCAACAUUUCAAAUUCCAGUUCUAACCAAGGGUUUUCGACCUGCAGCGUUGACCCCGUUUUUCUUUCUAUACCUGCCGUUUUUGCUUUGGGUAUUUGAAAUUGUUUUGGGAGUCAGACGGGGGAGUGUGUCCAGAAGUAACGUUGGUACUGAGUGGAGGGGAUUGGUUAUAGCCUUAGAAUUACACGUUAGGGCCUGGAACUAGGUUAUCUGGCGCUUUAGAUAAUUAUGUCACAAGGAUGAAGCCAUUGGGCCAAAGAAUAGCUAUAUAGACUCAUCCCCCUUCACUGCUCUUAUUCCAAAGCCUUUAUUGAAUCAUAGAAAGGUUACCACGCAGAAGAGAUCCCUUUGGUCCAUCCUACCCAUAUUGAUCAAAAAGUAUGACCCAGCCUAAUUGCAUCUUCAGCAUUUGGUCUAUCACCCUGCCCAUAAGGGCUCUUCACUGACACGUUCAGAUAGACGAGGCAAGCGGAAACGUCUUGCUCCCUCAGACUGCUGGUCUUUGAGCAACAGUAGUGUGGGUGCCUUCUCACUGACCCAACCAUUCAGCUAUAUGGGCACUGGCAGAGAUUUACAUAGGGGCCUUUACCCGAGGAACCGGAAAACAGCAAGCCAAUUAUGCCCUCUCCAAAGACAGCCGGCGGGCGAUGCUAACAGGCUCUCAGAGAAUGCAACCAGUGGUAAAGUCAAUAUUGGCCAGUCACACUCUGAGGUGGAUUUUGUUUUCGACCUCAGAGAUUUUCUUUCCAGUGACUUGUCCAUUGAAAAUGACGUGUUUGUUCUGAAUUCAAACUCCAGUAGAGAACGACCUGUGUUGUCACUGGGAUGUUCAAACAAGAAUGAUGAUGUUGGAUGGGACGGCUCCACAAGGAACCGAGAAAAUGCCAGGGCGACUUUCCAGCAGAAUAGCAUGAGAACUGGGGUCAUUGGUGCUGAACUGGAGAUUGAUCCGCUCCCUGACUCCUACUUUGGAUUGUUGGGAUGCACAGGCUCCCACACGCAGCCUUCCGGACACAUCAGCCAGCUCCCAGACGAAAUUCUCAGGGCCGUAUUCUCUCACCUGCCAGCAGUGGACUUGUACAGCUUCAGAUUGGUCUGUCAACAAUGGCGACGUGUUCUCAGUGACCCAAUGUUUGUACCAUGGAAGAAGCUUUACUAUCGAUACAGGAAGGGAGAAGGAAGUGCUGUGAUGGAAAUUGACAAGAUUCUGAAAGCAAAUAAUAUCACAAAGGGUGAUGAAAUGUGUGUGUUAAAUCUUAUAAGAUAUGUGGCAUCUUUCCAGCAUUGGAGAUCUGUAAACUCUGAAGCUGUCUUGAAUUGUCUUAAGGACCACCCCCUCUUCAAUCAGUCCAAAUUAUGUGUGAGCCAUACCCUUCUGGAUGUCAUCAGAGCAGCCAGGACUAUACGCACUUGGGCGAUACAGGCUAUGAUCGUUCUCCUGUCCAAUAGUGUACAAGAAAUCCAGAGACUUAUUUCCUGUCUGGGGCGACCCUGUUCCACUCUGCCACCGAUGGAGUUAAUGGAAGUCCUGUACUGCAUGGCAACGUUACUGUUUGCCCUGAGAGUAAAAGACAUCGGCAUCAGCAACAGGAUCCAUUAUAAUCUGUUCUGCGCACUCUACUUGAGGGAGAAUCCAGCCACAGUCUGCAGAAAACACCCAAAGCAUCUUUGUUCACCUCAGGACUCUGACAGUCUUGAGAGGGACGGCGUAUAUCGGAGUCCUGAGCUGGAGCGGAUGUUGAACCUUGAAAUUGUCCCAGGCGAUGUGAUAAAAAUAAUGGGAUUUGCAGGUACAGGUAAAACCUCUUUACUGAUUGAGUAUGCACGGCGCAGACCUCACCUCCAGUUCCUGUAUGUCCUUCCCACCAAGCCUGUUCCAGAGGAGGUGGGUUAUCUUUUCCCUCCGAAUGUGGAGUGUACAACCAUGCACACCAAGGCCUAUCAGUGUGUAGGCUACAAAUACCAUCAGAAGAAGAAGCUGAUGAUCUGCGGUCUGAAGCCAUUCGCUGCUUCUAAAUUUCCUGAAGGACAGGGUAGCCUUUCUCGAGCAAACUUGAUCUGUCGGAGCCUCAGCAAUUUUUUCUCCUCAGUGGAUGAGUCCAUCACCGUUGCGCAUGUACCGGGCGACUGCAAGAGCACACAUGGAGGUACCGGGUCAAUGGAACAUCAUGAGAAAUUAGAACUGGUUGAAGAUGCGAAAAGGAUUUGGAAAAAGAUGGUGGAUCUUUGUGAAACCAGUUACCUCAUGACUCAUGAUGGAUAUCUGAAACUUUGGCAACUUAACAAACCCAGCCUAUCACAAUUUGACGUCAUCCUUGUAGAUGAAGCUGAAGAUUGUAGUCCAGUCAUUAUAGACAUCAUACUCUCUCAGAAAUGUGGGAAGAUUCUUGUGGGAGAUCCACACCAACAGAUUAGCAGUUUCAAGGGUACCGUUGAAGCUUUGUUUGAAGCCCACCAUCCUCAACUGUUUAGUUUAAAACAGAGUUUCAGAUUUGGGCCUGAGAUUGCUUACGUGGCAGCAACAAUAUUGGAAGUGUGCAAACAAUUCAAAGACAAGACCUUGGUUGGUGGAAAUCAAGAUGGCAACACUGUUGAAAACUCAGUUGGGCAGGCAGCAAUUCUAUGCAAAACUACUGCUGCUGUCUUCGACGAGGCUGUGCGUAUUGUGACCAGCAACAAUCCGACCAAGAUAUAUUUCAUUGGAGGACUUGAUAAGUUUGGAAUGGACAUAGUACUGGACAUUUGGAUGCUAACGAUCUUGGAGGUGGAACAAGCAGCCAAAGACCUUGUGAUCCGGGAUCCGUUCAUCCGAAUGUUUGAACGUAAAGGUGGCUUGCGUGGAUUGAGAAACUAUGCGGUGCAAGUUGAAGACUCGGAGUUGGAGGAGAGGAUUGCGGUUGUGGAGAAGUAUGGUCUGCGACUUCCUGUGCUUGUGGAGAAAAUCACCAACCACUGUGUCAAUUGCCCAUCAUUUGCAAAUGUUGUUCUGGGAACCGUGCACAAAGCAAAAGGAUUGGAGUUUGAGAUGGUACAGAUCGCUGAAGACCUUAUAAAGGUUCCAGGCUUUCGACACAACACUCAUGUUCUUUCUGGGUUUAAGAUCGACUUGGUCCCAGAUGUCGAUUGGAACUUGCUUUAUAUUGCUGUUACCCGGGCAAAGAGGCGUCUUGUGAUGAGCAGGUCUUUGGAAUGUCUCCUCUCCUUUGCCAAUGAAUAUUUUCUAAAGCCUGAAUUAACCACCAACCUGCUUGGAAAGGGGUUAUCUCCUAAAUGUCACAUUGGAGGGUGUUUAAAUCGCAUUACAAGUGAAGCAGUGUUAACUAUGAGGAAAGCAUCAAGUCCACAGUGUGCCGGGGAGGAUGCUGGUGGUCCUCUCUGUUGUGUGUGUGUGAGGCAGCGGAUCGGUCCCCUUAUCUACCUCCUCGCUUCUCCGGAACUGGUCAAAUCCAGGAUUAGAACAGGCGGGAGGGGCUGUGAUCCCCCUUGAAAUA